AUGAUCUUUGCCGCACAACAGCUGCAGGAGAAGUGCCAGGAGAUGCGGGAUCACCUCUACACAACUUUUGUAGACCUGACAAAAGCCUUCGACACGGUGAACCGCCCUGGACUUUGGAAAGUUAUGCAGAAGUUCGGCUGUCCGAAGCACUUUACCCAUAUGGUACGUCAGCUCCAUGACGGGAUGAAGGCGCGCGUCACGGAAUACGGGACGGUGUCUGAAGCCUUCGCAGUGACAAAUGGAGUGAAGCAGGGCUGUGUCCUCGCGCCUACCCUAUUCAGUCUCAUGUGCCCUGCCAUGCUGACGGACGCCUGUCGUGACGAGCGUCCCGCGAUCCGCAUCAAGUACAGAACGGAUGGAUACCUUCUCAACUCCAUGAUCUGCACUCUCAACACCACAACAGAAGCGGACAUGCAAAGGAGUAUGGACCUCUUCGCUGCAGGCUGCGCCAACUUUGGUCCCAUUAUUAACACGGAGAAAACGGUGGUCAUGCAUCAACCGCCGCCCGGCACUAAUCCCAAUGCCCUACAUACCCACGUCAACGGCCCCGUGUUCAAGAAUGUGGACAACUUUGUCAAUCUCGGCAGCACGCUAUCUCGCAACACUCAAAUAGACGACGAGGUUGCUCGCAGGAUCUCCAAAGCCAGCCAAGCCUCCAGGGACAAGGCUGUCGUACUCACAACACUUGUGUACGGAGCGGAGACCUGGACUGUCUACGCCGGCCAAGCGCGGAAGCUCAACCACUUUCACGAGAGGAUCCCGAACACGGAAGUCCUGGAGAGAACGGGAGUUAUCAGCAUCCAAGCCAUGCUCGGGCAGAUACAACUGCGCUGGAGCGGUCACGUGGUAAGGAUGGACGAUCGACGACUACCCAAACGACAGUUAUAUGGAAAUGUUGCUGUCGGUGCUCGUGGCAAAGGAGGACAAAAGAGGCGCUACCAGGACACUCUGAAGAACUCAUUGAAGCGUCUCCAAAUCAACACAGUGAACCGGGAGGACCUCGCGCAAGACAGAUCUGCGUGGUGA